AUGGAAACUCGCCGUGGUUUGCUCACCAAGCUUGCUCUUUUUUCGUCGGUUGCCGUAGGGAUUUUUGUGGUCGGCAAGAAACACAUCGCUCACUAUAAGGACCAACGUCACCGGAAUGAAACAGAUGCUCGAAUUGACUCUUCCGAAAACGAAUUCCGGGCUGCUCCGUUGAAACCGGGAUUUCCCACUGCUGAGAAUCUGGAGUACCAACGAGAGUCCAAAUACGUAGGUGCUGGUAAUGCUUAUGCGAGUCGCAAGCCGGGCGACCGCUUCAGUUUCACCCUUUCCAGUUUAUUUGAGGGAAAAAAGUAG